AUGGCCGAUAACAUCUCAACGACAGCAUGUUCAAAUGCAGCAUCAGGAACGUUGGACGAGUUCCCGUUGUUUUCCUCAUUACCGUGCCGGAUUUUCAAAGAAGCCUUUACUGAUCCAGAAAUAGUAUAUUGGGAUUUUGGCCUCGGGGUAGAGCAUAGAGGGGAAGAAGGUGCUUUUAUCUUCUUUUCAAAAAACAAACGUCACGCAUUACUCUCUUUCUUGCUUGCAUGCAAGAACUCACACGCAGAGGUCUUCCGGAACUACGAAAAGAUCGAGAUAAAUUUUCCAACUCCCAUGGACUUCCAGAGUUGCAAUCAAUCUGAUCGUGACAGAUAUCUGCGAAAGGCUGUUGAUACUAUCUCGGUGAGCUUUGUCAGCUUCAUAUCAUUGGAUGUGGAAGGAGGAAGCAUGACGUUGAAUAACAUCACGCAUCUUGCCUUGGACGUCGAUUUUGAUUAG